GCGGUGAUGCGAUCCCGUCGCUCCCCGCCCAGCCCAGCCAGUCCUGCCGCGUCGGGAGCCGCGGCCCCGCAGGUCCCGCCCCGGCGGCGCUGCCCCGGCUGGUUCCGCAAGUUUUUGACAGUUUCUUCGCGGCCGAGGGGGAGCCGAGGCUGCCGCGGCGCUGCGCUGGGGCCGGGGCGCUCCGCAGGACCGAGCUCAGCCAGCCGGCACCAUGUCCCGGGACCCCGAGGAGGUGAACAAGCUGACGGAGAACACGUACAAAAAUGUUAUGGAACAGUUCAAUCCAGGACUGAGGAAUUUAAUAAAUCUGGGGAAGAAUUAUGAAAAAGCUGUAAAUGUUAUGAUUGUGGCUGGAAGAGCAUAUUAUGAUAGCCUUGCAAAGAUUGGGGAUAUAUCAGCUGGUUCUCCAGUUUCUAAAGAAUUGGGCCAAGUUCUGGUAGAAAUCUCAAGAACACACAAGAAACUUAAUGACAGUCUAGAGGAGAGUUUCAAGAAAUUUCAUAAAGAAAUUAUAUCUGAACUGGAAAAGAAAACAGACCUGGAUGUGAAAUAUAUGACUGCAACUCUAAAGAGGUACCAAACCGAACACAGGAGCAAACUGGAUUCUUUAGAGAAGUCUCAGGCUGAGCUGAAAAAAAUCAGAAGGAAAAGCCAAGGAGCACGAAAUGUAAUGAAAUAUGAGCAUAAAGAAAUGGAGUAUUUGGAAACUGUGAACUCUCGCCAGAGCGAUAUCCAGCGGUUUAUCGCAGAAGGCUGCAGAGAAGCUCUCCUGGAAGAGAAAAGAAGGUUCUGUUUUCUGGUUGACAAGCACUGCAGCUUUACCCAGUACAUGCACUUCUACCACGUCCAGUGUGCAGACUUCCUGAAAUCCAAGCUGCCUGGGUGGCAGGAAAUCUGCAGUGAUGCCACCAAAGUGCCUGAAAAAGUCAGAAUGAUGAUAGAUGAAAUAAGGACACCUGGAUCCACUCCAGUCUCGGGAACGCCGCAGCCUUCACCGAUGGUAGAGAGAAAUACCAUGAUUGGAAAUGAUUUUUAUCCUCAUCAUGAAAAUGCAUCCAACGUGCCCCCAGCUCCCACAGGCAGGGCCUACACGAGUCCACUCGUUGAUAUGUUCAACAAUCCUGCCACAGCUCCCAAAGCACCUUCUGAGAAACUAAACCAUUCAGCAGAGAAUUCAGAUGAUGCCAGUUUAUCACGUUCCACUUCCGUUGCCACUGGACUAAAUAUAAUGAAAAGGCAAAAAGUGAGGACAAUCUUCCCACAUACUGCUGGAAGCAACAAGACUUUGCUCAGCUUUGCCCAGGGGGAUAUCAUCACACUGCUGGUAGCUGAGGAAAAGGAUGGCUGGCUCUAUGGGGAGCAUGACACAACCAGAGUAAAAGGAUGGUUUCCAUCGUCGUACACGAGACCACUAGAAGAAGCAGAAGACAAAGCCUUUGCCCCUGUGCCAAGCCCUGCACCAAUCCGAAGUGUCAGUUCUGUAAAUCUUGUGGAGAAAGGUGAAGUUGUUCUCCCCCCACCAGACUACCUGGGGGCUUCCCAGGCAGACAAACGAGCGGAGUCUGCCAAAGGUCCCGCUCCUAAAACACCGACGGACAGAGUGGAGCACAUCGGGCCGAAACCCAACAUGAAUGGCAUUACAAAACCACCUUUUCUAAGUGGAGAAAACCCCUUUGCAACCGUGAAGCUCCGACCAACAGUAACAAAUGACAGAUCAGCACCGAUCAUCCGAUGAACACACGGCCCAGACACCUCCUCCUUCCUUACCAACACCCAGCUCAGUAAUGACAAUUACUAUCUCAACUUCUUCUAAAAAUUUAUUUAAAUGUAAUUACUGUACAAUAUUGGCAUACUGGAAUGGAGCUCUGAUGUUUUUGUGUUUUGUUUUUUUUUUUUUAAAACAUUUGCUUUCUAAUGAGGUAAUUGCUUUGGGCUAGUGUUUGAUUUUACAGUAUGCCUUUUUUGUAGUAGGAUUUGUGAAAAUGCUGGAGAUAGUUUGGAUGCUCUAGUGAAUCAGUGUAAGUAAUAGCUCACAGAUCUGAAUCUUUGGCAUUCAUUAUUUGAAAGCUGCAAUGGUAAGUUCUAGAAUAUAAGCCUGCAUAUGCCACCUACUAAAGAAGAUAACAGUGAUUUUAUUUUUUUUUCAAACAGAACAAUGUAACAAACUGCCUUAUUCCAGAAUAGAGAAUCAUCUGUAUAAAUGAUUAUACAUUAUUUUGUGUAAGAAAGAUACCUUAGGUUAUAAAUAAAUAUUUAUCCUUUAAGAAUAGACAACCUUGUAAAGCUUUGCUUGAUGUUCACGUACAAAUUUCCAAGUGUUAACAGAACCCCAUUUUCAGUCUAGUGUUGUACUGCUAACACAUUUUUCAAUGAUAGUUUUGUCUUUAAAACGUGUUGUCAAACUUUAGUCUGAUAAAAAGUCAUAAUAAAGCAGUGCCACGAUUUUUUCUCAAGUGCCAACACAAAAAGCUGCCUCUGAAGUUCCUCCAUGACUGCAGCCUUCCCAAAGGAGAAGGAGCUGAAGUUUGGAAAGUUUUGGUUAAGGAGCCGAGCAAAGCCUGAACACUGGCACGGUGCAGUAGCUGAGUUAAGUGAAACUGAGCUUUUAACAUCAGCCCCAAGCAGAGCUGAGCAGUUUGUCACCUCAGACUCAGGUGUGGUAAAUCCAGCAGAGCCAGCUUGUCCAAA